AUGGAUAACGCCAUCCCUAUACAUUCCCCGUCAAACCCAUCCGCUCCUCUCUCCAUUCGCUCUCCCAUCAGACGCAUGGCGUAUUUCGUCAACUGGGCGGGCAUGGACCCAUCGCUCAUCCCUGCUGCCUCGCUCACCCAUGUGUUCUACGCCUUUGCUUCCAUUGACGCCAGCACAUACCAGCGCAUGGCGUAUUUUGUCAAAUGGGCGGGCAUGGACCCAUCCGUCGUCCCUGCUGCCACGCUCACCCAUGUCUUCUACGCCUUUGCUUCCAUUGACGUCGUCCCUUCCAACCCAGCAGUGGACGUUACCGAGGGUCUCUAUCUCCGCUUCAACUCCGCCCUGAAAGAUACCAACCCCGCCAUCAAGACCCUCCUCUCCAUCGGCGGCUAUUCCGCAGGCACCACCGCUUUCGUCAACGCCGCCUCGUCCCCCUCCUCCCGCUCUGCUUUCAUCCAAUCCGCGAUCAUCCUCGCCCGAUCGUACAAUUUCGACGGUCUGGAUCUCGACUGGGAGUUCCCAACGGGCAACGCCGCCCUCUUUUCCGCCCUGGUCACGGAUUUCCGGGCGGCGAUCGAAUCCGAAGCCGCUUCGUCUGGAAACCCCAUGCUCCUGCUCUCUGCAGCAGUUUCUGCAUACGAGCCGACAAUCGCUGAAUCCUACGACGUCCCGACACUCAACAGUGCGCUGGACUUUGUAAAUGUUAUGACGUACGAUCUGCAUGGUUCAUGGGAGUUAAUCACCGGCAUGCACACUGCUCUGGAGGAUCUGAGCAACCCCCAGCUGAGCCUCAAGGGUGCUAUGGCUGCCUGGGUGUCCCGAGGCUUGGCCCCAAGCAAGGCCAUGCUAGGCUUGGCGAUGUACGGUCGAACCUGGACUCUAGCCUCGACAAGCAGUACUGGGGUUGGAGCUGCAGCCACUGGGCCUGGUCAGCCUGGGUCUAUCAGUCAGGAAGCUGGUGUUCUCUUUUACAGGGAAAUUGAUGAGCUGGUAACAUCUGGAGGUUACACAGCUACGCUCGACGCCCCAACAUCCUCUAUGUGGUACGAUGAGUGGAAGGGCGAGAGAGAAUACGACAAGGACGACGACGACGACUACCACCAGUGGCUGGUGGACCGGCAGCCCAAGCAGCCAGACACCCCUGCAGAGUUCUCCCCCCCACAGCCUCCCUCCCCCGGGCACGUGGUGGACCUGAAAGGGCGGCGACUGCAGGUGGUGGUGAAGGUGGCAAGCAUUCAGCUGACCCCUGACAGCCCGAAGUAUCCUGGGGGUACUUGGCAUGUGGAGGGCAUGCGGAAUGAGCAUAUUGUGGCCACGGGAAUCUAUUACUUUAACUCUCACAACAUCACCGAGCCGCGCCUUCAGUUUAGAAUCACCAUUCCCGAACCAGACUACGAUCAGAACGACAACAAAGCAUGCGAUAACACCUCUAUAUCAUCCCCUCCACUCCCAUUUUUCCCUUCCCCUUCCCUUCCCCAUCUUUCCGUCCCCCAGGCCACAGGCAUUUACUAUUUCGACUCUCACAACAUCACCGAGUUGCGCCUUCAAUUCAGGAUCACCGUUGCCGAACCAGACUACGACCAGAACGACAACAAAGGGGUGGCUCGGAUAUACGGCCUGGUGGACGACGGACCUCUCACGCAACCUCUAGGCUCGGUCCGGACUGACAUCCCGAACCUCUGCCUCGCCUUCCCGAACCACUUCCACCACCGGGUUGCACCGUUCGAGCUACAGGACAAAACCCGUGCCGGCCACCGGAAGAUUCUUGUAUUUUUCCUGGUGGAUCCGCGGGUGGCAAUCGUAUCCACUGCACGCGUGCCACCUCAGCAGCUGAGCUGGCAGAGGAGGGAGCUGGAGAGAAAAGGCCACCCGUGCUCGGUCCUGCCUGGGUUAGCUCUAGAUCUGAUUGCAGAGGGAGUGAGUGGGGGAGAGCAUGGGGAAGAGGGUAAGGGAGAAAGAAGUGGUGUGGAGCGAGGUGGGGAGGAGGGUAGGGUUGAUGAGGGAGAGGAUGGAGGCGAGGGGCAGGGUGUGGGGAGAGAGAGCAGGGAUGGCAGGGGUGCAGCGAUGACGAUGGAAGAAGCAAAGAAGUACCGGGAGGCUCUGAUGGAAGAGAGGAAGGCGCUGGUUCAGCUGGCCAAUGAGGAGUUGUUUGAACGGCCCUUCUCGCUCUGCGAGCACUGA